AUGCCAACUAAGUGCAUACCCUGUUCAUCAUGCAAUAACACGGCUAAUAAGGAAAAUCAGGUCGAUCUGGCAGAGACCACCAAAGCAUGGCUUUCCAACAAUUUUACGCCCUCUGACCUGUCAUGGGAGUCGGUGCUGACUUACCCUGGUGAGUUUGCAACUCGCGAUGGCGAGUUUUCCGAAUUGUCGUCGAGCAUUCCCCAGGAUAACCUACCAGGACCUUCGUCCAACUUUUUCCAAGGCCCUUCCUCCGCCACGGUGAUCGUUAGGGCGAUGGAUGAAUCUGUGCCUCAGCGUAUGUCUACAGCGUUCCCUCAGCAGGAGGACACGGAUGUCGUAUUGGUUUCUUUCGACUCUGUUACUUUUCACGUUCAUUCUCAGACUGUUCUCGGUGCAUCAGACAACGCCUUUGGGUUUCUACUUCAACCCAGUAGUCAGGCUGAAGGCGAUACCAGCGUUGUCCAAGUUGACGAGCAUUCCGAGGUCUUGAACAUCCUACUUCAUGUUAUCUACUCCAUCUCGUGCAUAUCCUAUCAGCCAUCGUUCGAUGUCCUCCAGACAGCGGUCGAGAGGAUGAGACACUAUGGCAUGGCCACGAUCGCACACAUCCAACCAUCGACGCCAAUGUUCGACGUCCUUUCUUCGCACGCAUCUGAUAAUGCGCUGCAUCUCUACGCGCUGGCUGCGCACUUUGAUCUAUAUGAUCUGGCUGUCUUCGCAUCGGCACAUCUCCUCUCCCUCAGACUCUCCAGCCUGACAGAAGACAUGGUCAAGCGGAUUGGUGCGCCCUAUCUGAAGCGUCUAUUCUCACUUCACCUCGGUCGUAAAGAGGCGCUGAAGCAAGUUCUCAUCGCUCCCCCGAGGCAGCACCACCCAACUUUGAUGUGCAGCACUUAUUUGCAAGAACAAUUCGCUCUAGAUUGGGUCCUCAACGUUGCACAGAUUGUUUCGGAUGCAACUCCCGAUAUAUCCUCGCAUUACAUGGUUGCUCUGCUCAGACCAAUGAAGGACCAGACAUCAUGCGAAACCUGCAAGGCCAAUUUAUACGAAAGACUUGAGCAGCUAACUGAACAAUGGGGCUCAAUCAAGCGCACAAUCUGA